AAAAUUUCAGCUAUCUGUUCUCCAGAACCUAUCAGAACCUGCUGGAUUUCACCCCUGGAAAAUACCCACAAACUUUUUAGGAGGAACAAGUAAAGUGCUAAAAAGUCUAUUAGGACAGGUCAUAAAGGAGGAGAUGGAACAUCUAUUAAGAGUUUGGACUGAUGAUCAAAGAUGAGACUGAGUGGUGAAGACAGGAAGUGUGAGAAAUUGUUGGAGUUGCUUUAGCUGGAGACAGUGGCAAAGGAGUUACUACGGCUAGCUGGAGAUGACAGCAGGAGUCAAGAACACAUGGCUGGAUCUGCCAUAGGAUCUCCAUGUCUGGUGGCAUUCAUACUACCAGCUGCUCUACCUUGUCCUGUCAACAACUGUUACUCCCACUUGUUUUGCCAUGUUGUCAGAGUCACGCUGGAGGGGUCUCCGCCAUACCUUGCUGGUGCUCUUCUCAGCCACCCUUCUCAUUGGCAUAACCAUGCUGGCCAUCUCCUCUGAAAUCAAUCCUAUUGGGGUUUUCUUUCUUGUAGCAGGGGGCUUGUGUUUGGUUGGCUACCUCAUUAGUGUGGCAGCUGAACAAUGCCUGAAGCAUCAGAAUGCAGGAGAAGAGGCCCAGGCAGCUCCAAGAAGACAAAAUCACAAUGGAGACAACGCAACCUAUGAAGCACCAACAUAUGAGGAAGUGGUGGCUACUGGCUACUUGUCAGAUUCAGCGCCCACAAUUUGGACCAUUACAUCUAGUCCUGGAAUAGCCCAAGGAGAACCCCCUCCCUAUAGUGUGGUUAUUGAGCCUACUGCCCAUGGAGAGACUGUGGUGGAGACAUUCAGUGUCUCAGUGGAGCCAGGUGCACGGCGAGCCUCCGAAACAGAUCUGCACUCGAGGUUGCGCCUCCGACUGUUCCUACCAAGACUGAAACGCUUUGUCUCAGAUACUCAUGAACUCAAAGGAAGCGAAGAGCGUCUGGAACGCCUAGAGCCCCUCACUCCACCUCCUGCAUAUGAGAAUGCGACUGGUGAUGAAGUCUUUGAAGGACACUUUCAACCUUCAAAACCUUGACUGAAAGGCUGGAGAUUGAUAAGCAGUGCCAGUAUUACCACAUUACUUCUUUCGAGCCCAUUAUCAGCUUGGUAUUGUUGCCUGUGCUACAACUUAAGCAAAGUUUGUUUGCAAGGGUUUGGCUCUCUUUUAUGAAAAAUGCAUGCAUUGUAGCCAUGCAGCCAUGGUAAGGACUCCUUUCUUCCUUUGGAGUUUCUUUCAGGGAGUGGGGAGAGGCAGAAAGGUUCUUAGACAUUUCAUCUGAUACGGUUAGACAUUUCCAAAAUCAUUCAUAUGUUCUUAGGAUUGAACAGUAGCUUAGGCUGCCUAGGAAGUGGAGAACAAAAGACAGGUUGGCAUAUCUGGAGGAGGCAGAUUGUAGACAUGGAUUAUUAAUCAUCCUGCCUAGCUGAUUUAAACAGAAGUCUGGAGAGAGAGAGAAGAAAAGGGCAGGUUAGAGAGCCAGUGAAAUAAAGAUUUUUUUAAAAAAGCAGAAAGUUGCUUUUAAUUUUUUUUAACUUAAAUUUCACUGAUAAACUAGUCUAGGCCCAGGAUGAUUUUAAAAGAUUUUCCUGGAAAAAUUAAAAUCAGCCCAUACAAUACAUUACAAUGGUGAUGAUUCAUCUUAAACCUGGUUUCUCUUAUUUUCUGUGUCAUACUUGUCAUGAUAAGUGUUAGCAUUUGUACUAGUCUGUGUUUUCUGCCAGGAGUAGGCAUUUUAUCCAAAUAUUUAUUUCAACAUUCUCCUGAAUGGAAGCUAACCGUAACAAUGAACAUCUUCCUUAAAAUCGAGUAGGGGCAAGUAGGGUUUCUGUAAUGCAGAGGACAGCGCCCAGAGGAUGCUACUGAAGUGUCCCCUUUCUCUUAUUUAUUGAAACUGGGCUUGCUUUACAUGAAUCACGAUAUGUACAUGUGGAGUAUUUCCUGUUAUGAGGAUAAUGAAUCUGGUAUGGAUCUCUGUCACAACCUUAGAAUCUCUCAUGAUGAAAAUAAGCUUUUAUAUACAAACAGUUCAUACAAGCUAGUGCAAUAUAGUUUCCAAAGAAUUUAAAUUUUUAAAAAAUCAAAUACGUCUUUGGUGAAGGGGGCUAGUAAAUCAGAUUUCACUAAUUUUACCUGAAAUAGACACAACAUUGUAAAUGGUGACUGCUCCAUGUAAGUAUGAAAGAAAGAAAGCCUUGGUGGCAAAUUUAAAAUUCAGAUAAUACUAAGACUGCCACUUUUAAGUUUUUCUAACAGAAAAAUCUGAAUAAUUUCCAGGUAUGUUCAAAAGAUUCAUGUCUGAAAAUUAUGCAUCAGCUGCUAAAACCAGUAGUAAUGAACAAUAAAUGUUAUUUUAUUGAUUGUCACACUGCAGAAGGAUGAAUUUUAACAUUAUUUUUUUAAAUAUGCAAAAUUGUAAAACAGAGUAUGCAAAAUACAUUUAAUAUCUUGCUAGAUUUUAAAAGCAUAAAUCCAGCGCUGCCAAGGAAUGUUCAAAUAAAAUAAAACAUUUGAUCACAGAAAA